AAUUUAGUAAAUAAAGAUGGCGGCAAAGACAAAGUCGUGCAGUAGAUCGCUCUCGUUAAUUAUUUUAUUAAAAUGAUAUUACGUGUAAAAAUAAUAAUAAUUACACAUGAAACACGGGUAUCGGAUACCUAGUGUUAAUAAUAAAUUAAAAUAAACAGUACUCAUAGUGUAAUUACUGUGAUUUUAAAUUUAUCGGGUCUAUAUAUUUAGUGGUCUUGAAGAAAAAAAAAAAGACGGGAUCCCGGGUAGAGUGAAGGAGAAAAAAUAAAAUAAAAAAUAAAAAAAAGAAGAGAGGAAGAAGAAACGAGCAGCAAGACGAAUAAGAAAAUAAUUUAGCUCCAGAGUUCACGAUAAAAUAAGAAAGCAAUAAAAAUAUAUAAAAAUGGUUGUGGGAGAGCCAAGUAUUCACAAUAUUAUGAGCGGGAUGGAGAGCACGGGCGGUGUGCGACUCCACAAUCACAAAAGGAAGUUAAAACAAAGGUUUGAUAUUAUCAAGAAACUGGGUCAAGGUACGUACGGCAAAGUACAAUUGGGAAUAAACAAAGAGACUGGACAAGAGGUCGCUAUUAAAACAAUUAAAAAAUGUAAAAUUGAAACAGAAGCAGAUCUUAUAAGGAUAAGACGUGAAAUACAGAUUAUGUCGAGUGUCCAGCAUCCCAAUAUAAUUCAUAUUUACGAAGUGUUUGAGAAUCGUGAGAAAAUGGUGCUUGUUAUGGAGUAUGCUGCCGGCGGUGAGCUUUAUGACUAUCUGAGUGAACGUAAAGUACUUUCUGAGGAAGAAGCGCGAAGGAUAUUCCGUCAGAUUUCAAUAGCUGUAUUUUAUUGUCACAAACACAAAAUUUGCCAUCGUGAUCUCAAGCUUGAGAAUAUUUUGUUGGAUCAUUUGGGCAAUGCUAAGAUUGCAGACUUUGGUUUGUCAAAUGUUUUCGAUGAACAAAGACUACUAAAUACUUUUUGCGGCAGUCCCCUUUAUGCUAGUCCCGAGAUCGUCAAAGGCACACCUUAUCACGGUCCGGAAGUCGACUGUUGGAGUCUUGGAGUUCUACUGUACACGCUAGUCUACGGCGCAAUGCCGUUUGAUGGUUCUAAUUUCAAAAGGCUCACACGGCAGAUAUCUGCGUCGGAUUACUUUGAACCUACAGCUCCAUCACCCGCGUCACCAUUAAUUAGAGACAUGUUGACAAAAUGCCCCUCGAGGAGAGCUGACAUCGAAAGGAUAUGUUCUCACUGGUGGGUCAACGAGGGGUAUGAUCAAAAUUGUCUUGAUAUUGCUGAAGAUCUUGCUGCACAGACACCAGUAAGACUUGAUUUACUGCUAUCUCUGGUGCCACAAUCAGCCAGUGCCGAUAAAUUAGUCGUUACGAAUGAUCAAUCCCCUGAGACAGUGAGAAAUACUGGGACGGAAACGUUGCCGCCUACUCGGUGCCUCUCUGUUGGCAGUCUUAUGGAUCUUGAUAGAAAUAAUUCUGAUCGGAUUCGUGAAAUGGUUGAAGAGGAGCCUACAUCUAGAACAAAUGCUACUAAUGAUACGAAGAGAAAAUUGGAAACAACACCGUCGAUGGAGGAAACUGUGGAAGCUGGUGUUAAAAAAAAAGAAAGAUCGAGAAGAAAAGAACGUAGUGAUGACAGAGAGCCAAGAUCUUAUCGGUCUACUUCACGACAUCAUUCCGCGCCAAUAACAAAUGCUAUUACUGAAGAAGCUAUGGAAGUUGAACCGGCUGUUGAAUUGGAUCUCCGUGACCCCGCAGCUGCUGCAGCUUGUCUAGAACUUAUUCGUGAAGCACAAUCUAAAUCACCGAGCAAGGAGAGAAGUAGAACUCCUGUUCCGUCAGAUGAAAAAGUUGAAACAAGAGGGGAAGAUAUUGCUCAGGAAAAUUUUAAUGAUAAUACACAAGGUGCUAAACCAAUCGCCAAUAAAUUUGAUGAUGUUAAGGAUAAGGUUAAUUCCGUAGAAAAACAAUCUGUUGAUCAGGUAAAAAAUGAAACUCAAGUUAAGAAGAAGUCAUUAAAAUCUAAAGUUAAUGAUGUAGCCCAGAAUGUUAAUGAUGCUUCCAAACAAGAUGUGCCAAGUAAAAAUAUCGAAUCCAAACAAAAAAUAAAUUCUGUUCAGCAGAUUAAUUCUACAGAUGAUGAAAAAGUUAUUACGCCUACGGAAGAAAAAGUUGAGGUAAAGAGUGAAGUUAAAAAAUUAAAACAAAAAGCACAGUCACUUGAUGAGGAAUUACCAGCAGUCGCUCCAUCGAAACCGACAGAAAGAAGACGUUCUAAAAUAUUUGAGACUGCUGAAAAGUUCAAUCAACUUUUGUCAGGAAGUGAACCAGAGAAGCCAAAGAAGAUUUUUAUACCCGGUGUAAAUGUAGGUGGUGCUAAGCGAGCAUUCGAGCGUAAAGCAAGUCUCUCUUCCGUUACAGUGCCACAGUCCGUGAAACCUAAUGCGUCGAAGAUUAUUAUAGAUGUACCUAAUGAUAAGAAGAAUGACAAAGCUGAAGAAAAACCAACUGGUGUAACCAAGUCUGAAUCUUGUUCGGUUAAGAGUGAAGAGGAGCGACGUCGUAGUGAAGAAAAAAAACGAGCUGUUGAUAUUAUAACUGGUGCCUUAGGUAAACCGCCGGUGCAAAAAAAACUAAAUGGAUCUCCUCCGGUAUCACCCCAGAGUCAGGAGUCGAAGAAUCUUGGAUUGAAGAUUCAAUUAGGACCAAACGACUUGAGAAAUGCAACAGUAUCUGUAUCUACACCCAUAGAUACCAAGUAUCCAGACUUUGAAGCGUCACCCGUGAAACCCACUGCCGUUGCAAACUCAGUGCCAACAACUCCCGAGUCCAAGAGUGUCGAUAAUUCAUUUGCCGACGAGCCAACAAUGUCAAGCAAGAUGGAGAUAAAACUAAAGAGCGCGACGCUACCGCGACCAAGAAAAACAAGCAAAGCUGAAAUUACAUUGGCAGGAGUCAAAGCGCCUGAGCCGGCAUUCAAGUCAGAAGUUGAAGCCAAGAUUGACGCCUUCCAUCCUCAAAAAUUGAGAACUCAAAAGUCUGAAGUGGCAUUCCCCGUUGCCGCGGUGACUCCUCAGACAAAUCGAAGCUCAAGCUUGGAGCCAGAGAGUAAUAAAUCACGGGUUCUUGGUAAGGAGAGAAUCAUACCGAUACACGUGGAACCAGGUCAUCAGAUACAGAAUUCGUCUACUCCCCCGUCGAAACCUCCGAUGCCCCAGCGCUCGAUGUCUCAGCGAUCGGGUUCAUUAUCGCGUCAAUCGACUGCUGACUCUGACACUGACAGCGCACUUGGCUCGACAGUUGGCCCCGAGCCGAUCAGGAAAAGUCCUCGGGAAUAUAUUAUCCCCAUUGCCGUGGAAGGAGGCGGAUAUGUCACUCCACGUUCUGGCAGUGUUGAGCCCGAGAGUAAAACAAGUACACCGACUAGCGCGAAUCCACCGAGACCAAGAUUUGGAAGAGGCAGAAGAAUGGGCUCUUUGCUUUCAGAUGCCAGUGAAGACGAGUCGCCAUUCUCUACGCUCCACCGCGACAGUGAUGAUUUACUCCAAAGACACAUGCAUAGGCUACGAAGCUCAAGACCUUCAAGACAAGCCCCUGAGCACGCAGACAGUCUUUCAUCCGGCGAGGAUGACGAUGACGAUGGCUUUGAACUUCUAACUGCCGAAAAUUUGUUCUCAACGCUGUUGUCAAGGGUUCGAAGUCUGACGCAGAGACUCAACGUAGAUGACAACCGAGGAACCGGAUUCCCUCGUAGCCGACUGCUAGAUAGACUAGGUUCCAACUCCUCUCAAGGAUUCUGGGGAAUGCAUGAACCUCUUACAAGGCGAUUGGCAGAAUCACCAUUCAGACGAUCUCUCAGUCGUGAUGCCGACAGAUUUGCCCGUAAAGAUUCGGCGAUGUCAUCAAAUCCCGGGACUCCCAACAGUCUUGGCGCGCGCACAACGCCAUCUCGUGAAAGUAUCUUUGAAUUAGGCAGCAGUAAUACUUUACCUCGAGAUAAACCGCAGCAUGAGGUAGAAACGGAGCCACGUAAAAUGGAUCAGGCACAAGAACUCCAGCUGCCGGAUUCACGUCCAAAUUCAUCGGCGAGUACAACUCGCGAUAAUUUUACUCCAAGUCUCGCGCGUCGAUUGAGCAGACAGUUUAUUGAACAAACGAGACAAUCAUUGCCGAGAUCACCAUCAAUACCGCGAGAUCGGCUCUACAGAUCGUCGACAGAAGAGCCGAAUUCUUUGUCUUCGUUGCUACCGGAUCGGUCGAUGUAUCGCAGCAAAUCGAGCGAUCGAAGUCUGAGACGCACCAACAGUUUAUUGGACAAUGAUCGUGCUGAAAGACCUGACUUUAGAUACAGACGAAGUGUCAGUUUGUUUGAGGACGAUGAUGAUGAAACGCUGCCGCCACUUCCAAGGCAGGUUAUGACACUCGGUCGCAAGUAUCGGGACCCGGUGAAGGCCAGUGUCAAUGGAAUACGAAGAGAUAAUAUUUGUUUGGCUGAAAAAAUUCAGGAAGAACCUACGGAUGAAUCGACCUCGCCAAAGAAGAGUACAAACCAAGAACAGGCUUCAGCUUCUGAAGGCACAUCUGUAUGUAAUUCUGGUACCAAUUUAGGCGAUACAACUUCUAGCUUAUCAACAAAGUCAGAAACAUCUCCCACUGAAUCUUCGUCAAAUAUUCAGCAACAAGGGGAAGCAUUGAAUUCAUUUCGUGCAGAUGCUAAAGAAUUUGAAUCUAGACUCCUGGCUGCUGAAAAUUUAAUAAAAGAAUCUAAGCUACGGAACCUGGGUCUCAAUAAAUUUGACCCUAAUCUCAGUACAAGCUACAAAGAUACUGAUAAGUGUGAUAAGCAGCUUCUAGGAUCAAUGACUGAUUUAUCUAGUACUGUUUUAAAUAAACGCCGCAGCUGUAUACCCAGUUUGAGACUGCGUUCUGGUUCGCUGACACGCGAGGCCAUGACCGAUCGCAGAAGCACUUUGAUGUCGCCUGAACCUGUUGAUAUUUGUGCUGCAACACCCGAAAGAUCAUUGCUCAGUAAACUUUUCCGCUCUAGUAGCAUUAGUCGUGAUCGUGAUCGUGAUUCUGAAAGUAAAGACAAGUCGCCGAAAACAAAGCGACGGAUUUCACGAUUUUUGAGGCCUGAUUUCUUUGACACACCACGGGAAGAAAGUCAGUAUGUUAAAGAUAAAGAGGCUCAGAAAGCUGCUGAAAAUGAACGAAGAAAAUCGAGGUUUAUGAAGAGAAAGGAAAAUAAAGAUAUUGUUGAGGAAAAACCUGAAAAAGAAUUGAAGAAUGAAGCCAAUGAAUUGAGGAGAGAUCAGAGUGGAGCUUUGUUGAAAGACAAUAAGUCUGAUAAUGACUCUAGUUCAAUUGUUGACAGUGUCAGUACAGAUAAAUUAGAAAGACAGAAUUCGAAAAACAGUUUUCUGCAGUCUUUGGAAAAAAAACUGGAGAAAUUACGAUCCAGUGACGAUUCACAGAAAAUAACCAACGGCGAUGUGAGUCUGAAAGAAGUCGAACCAAAUAAUGUGGCGGCGGAUUGUGUAAGUCAGCCAGAAGUUAUAAAGAAAGUUGCAAGUGCGGAAGAUUUAACGCUGAGUGAACCAGUUCCUGCAGCAAAGUCAAAAGUUUCGAGUGUGCUGGGUCUGUUUAAAAACGAUUCAAAGUCUGCGAUUAAUGGGGGAAGGCAGCAAACUUUGUUGAGCAAGUUUAAGAAAAAUGUCUACCGCGGUUCCCGGUCAGAUACUGUCCUGGCUCCGGAAGCUUCGAGCAAAAUUCCUAAGGCUAAGGCUGACGUUAAAACUGCUGACGUAAAGCCGAGACGUAGCUUGGAGAUAAAGAGAUCUGAAAAAGUUGGGGAUAAAAAGUCACCACCUAAGGAAAAGGCUAAAGAAAAAAGCCCGGCUGACAGAGCUAGUGUUGAGAGAAAGUCUUUGGAGAAACAAAUAAAAUCCCCGAAGAAGCUGAGCCCGGAGAAGACAAUUGAUGUUACUAAAGUUGAUAAGGGAAGUAUCAGUGUCCCGCAAGAUAAAGCGGAAAAAGAAAUACGGAAAUCGAAAUCUCCGGAUGACAAAGUUGAUAAAAAUUUGUCUGGUUCACGGUUAGCUAAAAAAAUAUCUCCGGAGAAAAUUGUGGACAACAAGAAAGUUGAAGCGAAAAGUAUUGAAGCUGAUGAAAAAAAAUUGAAGACCAAGAAAAGUGUCAAGUCAUUGAGUUCAUUAGCAAAGAAUGGAUCUGUUAGUAAGUUGGAGAAAGCUGAUGAUCUGGACAAAAAGCCGGCUGAUAAAGUAAAGAAGGUUGUGAAGAAGGAGGUGAUUGAGAAGGAAGCUGACGGUACGAAAAAGAAAAAGAUAGUGAGGGUUGUAAAGAAAGUUGUUAAGAAGUCCGACGGAACUUCAGAUAAGUCUGAUGAGAAGGAAAAGGAUAAAGAAAAGAAAACUUUGCUAAAGAAAAUUACCUCGAGUGUCAAAAAAGAAAGUAGUCCUGAGACGGGGAAGAAGAAAGAGAAAAGCAUUGAAUCAGAGGCUACGGUCAAGUGUGAUUCUACUUCAAAUUGUCUUGACAAUCAAUCUACUGCCAGUGGUAUAGUUCUCAGUGUAGUAAAAGAUCCAAUUGAAAAGGACAAUGAUUCUGUUGUUGAACGAAAUGAUUCUGUUAUAUCUUUUGAUACUAAAAUAUCUAGUAAUUGCUUAGAUACAAAAGUACCUAGUAAUGAUUUGGAUAAAAAAAUAUCUAGUAAAGUUUUAGAGAGUAAAAUCCCUACUAAUGAUCUGGAUAUACAAAUUACUGGUAAUGAUGUAGAUACAAAAAUUUCUGUUAAUGAUUUGGAUAAAAAAAUAACAACGAAAGAUUUAGACAAUAAAUUGCGAGCGAACAGAAGUAAUUUAAAAUUAGAUUUAUCAAAAAUACCUCAACAUACAUUUAAAAAUGGAGCUGGAAAAAAAGAAUUGGGUAAUAAAAUAACAGAAUUAUCUGAUAAAUCUUCAGACAGAUGUUUGAAAAGCCAGCCGAUUGUGAUGGAAAAAAUAAUAAUUGAAAAACCGCCUAGAGGAGCUGAUUUUAUUGAAGCUCGACAAUCAAUUCCUGUUUCCCAACCUAACGAAGUAGUGUCAAAAUUAGAUUACAGUCAACCACAAGACCGUAAGAUGAGUGUAAGAAUCGAGAAACCAGAGACUGAAAAGACUGCGAAGCAGAGCCCGCAAGAAACUCAGAUAAUUAUGAAUACGUCUCAUCAUUAUCCAAAAAUAACACCCGAUAUGACAGAAGAUAUUCUGUCGCCGAUGGACGACGGCGAGAGUUUUGAUUCCUGGUCAAUUUGCUCCAAUGACAUGAAUCACCGUAGCAGCCUGGACCUCUGCUCGCCCACAUCUCCAGUUUACUCUCCGUCAGUUCGUAGCGACCACUCCGAGUCUAUCAUCGAUCGGAUCCGUCGUAAAAGUUUUUAUUCUCGAUUCAAUGAAAGGAAGCGCAAAAGUUCACUGUCUGUACCACCCCCAGGACUCUCAUCGAGCUCGACAUUGCCUCGCAAAUUUAGCUUCCGUGAGGAUCGUAAGAACUUGAGUUACACAGCAUCUCCAACGCGAAGACAUCCCGAGAGGACACACAGUCUUUACAAUGAAGAUGUGCCCAGUCUGAGAAAAUCACCAAUCGAACGCGAUAGAUACUCAGACGGUUCUUAUCCCAGUGAUCUAAAAUCACCAACUGACCAUUACGGAACAUCAUCAUCGUACUACGAUCCCCUUAGGCGUUAUCGGAUAUCUCCAACUCCUGAUCCAAGUCACCGCAAGUACCCGAGCACUGAUUUUGGUCUCGAUACAGACUUGUACAGAAGUCCUCUGAGUCCUUCAUCGUCAACUCUAAAUGACCUCACUGACUACCGCAGUAAUUUACCACGAAAGUAUACAUCAGUUGAUCCUCAUCCUCCAAAGACCGCCGAUUACUACGAAGAACUUCUUACUCCAAGCAGAAUUGAUUAUCUUACAGCCCGAAAAACACCACCAGUACCCGCAGAAUCAAUCGGAAGACAUGAAAAUGGACAUUACAAUGGACACAUUGACUUGACGUCGUGCGACUCAGAUAAGUGGAGAUAUUCAGACAAAAUCACUAGUCCUGAUUCCGCAGAGGACAGCGAUAAGAGUCGCGGAGAUGAUCUUAAGAGUAACAGUCUCACGAUCGGCGAAUCCAAAGAAUUGUCAGCAGCUUGUCCAGAUGCCGAGACAACGACUUCAAUUGUCGAGUGAACUUCUAUUGAAUAAUUUAAAACUCGCGCCAUUUAAAGAAAAGCCAUGAGGCUUCACUUGAUAUCUUCAGUUACUUAGAAUAAAAAAGUGAUUAAUGACAAUUAAUUACUGAUAAAUCAAAUGAUCAACGAAUCAAAGCAAACAAUUUUUUUCUAUGUAC